GCCGGAUGUGACGUCACUCUAAUGACAUGAGCUACUUUCAGUUUACCGGUAACCCGGGGGUGCCUGACGUUCCACCCAACGGUGCCAUGAUGGCGCACCCCUAUUACCAACAAAUGCAGCCAAUGCCACCACAAAUGGCUGCCCCUCUUAGCGACGUACAGGUUGGCAGUCUCGUGCAAGCGGCCAUCAAACUAUUAUGUCAUAUUGGCGGGCCCCUCUACUUACGCGACCUGGCAGUGGAGAUUUACAAUGUUGCUCGAGACUUGCCCAGAGUCAGUGAACAACAACUACAUAUGUUGUUACGUGGUUUCCCAAACAACUUUUGUAUCAUGAGGAAAGAGGGAACAAACUUAGACGUAAUCCAAGCUGUGUCUAAACUGGGUUUGUGUAGCGAACAUUGCACCAGGAAAACCGCCUGCAUGGGGUUUCCUGUUUGUGACAAGUUACAUAUAUGCAAAUUUUAUCUAUUAUCAAACUCAUGUAGGUUUUCUAAAACCAAUGAAGGUACGUGUAUGUUUGGUCACGAUUUGACUACCCAACAUAACAGAGCUGCUCUGCAGCAGCACUGGUUUUCACAUCUGACAGUUCAGGAGCUGAGAUACCUUUUUCAAUCGACUGAGAGCCGAACAGAGUCCACUCUGCCCCACAUCUGUAAGUUUUACAACGUAGGAGCAGCAGGAUGCAGACACCUGACACAAGGUAUACCCUGUCCGUAUCUCCACAUAUGUCGACACUACGUGAUGAGCCAGUGUAAAUUUGGUCAGGGAUGCAAGAGGAACCAUGAUAUAAACCAUGCUCAAGUCAGAGAAAUCCUUGCUAAACAUGGCAUCAACUUGAAGAGAGCACCCAAAGAAAUUUUAGCUGAAUUGAGAGAAUCAGUAUUAAGUUCCAAAGACCUACAAGACAACAUGAGCCAGAGUAGCCAGAGUUCUUCAACCAUGGCUCAGACACAAAGACAAAUGUCCCAGAUGAGCUUGCAGAGCCAAGAUGAGAGUUCGGAUGAAGAAAUAGAUGGUCCCCCACAGGCACACCCUACCAAAGAAAUCUGUAUCUUCCACCUUCGUGGCAAAUGUGGGUUCGGUCGAGGUUGUCACAAGUCACACCAACAUUUACCAUACCAGUGGCAAUACCGGGAGUCUGGACAGAAAUGGAUUGAUCUACCCCCGAGUUCAAAUGUUGACCUAGAGAUUAACUAUAGUGAUGUGGAAAAGGAAGUGUGUUUUGUAAAACUAACAACUGUGAUGCAGCCAGUGGUAGUCCAGCUGAACUUUAACACUAUGAUUGGGGUGGACAAGGAUAAUGUGUCUCGUCAAAUACGGAGGCUGUCUACUGCCUCAUCAGGGGCAGAGAAAUUCACAUCUCUGGCGACCCAGUGGAAGUGGUAUUGGCUGGAUGAGGGCAAUGCAUGGCGCGAGUAUGGAGAACAGAACACUACUGGAUACAAGGCUAUAAUCAGCAGUGAGGAAAUGGAACAGAGAUACCUUGAGAAUCCUACCGGACAGCUUCGCUUUGCUACCCUAGGCCAUGAGUACCUCAUGGAUUUUGAUAAGAUGGUGCAACAGAACCUCUUUUAUCAAACUGAAAGAGUUGUGCGACGUCGACCGGUUUUUGUAGCCCCAAAGGAUGUGGAGGAGCGGAAGAAGAGGAAUCCACAGAGCAAAAGCCAUCAAGGAGCCAACUCGGCAGUAAUAAUGGCUGGGCCUUUAAGUCAGCCUCUGAUGUCGUAUGUACCCAUGGAGUGGGCUUUUGAUCGUACCCAGAAUACAGACCUGUCCAAUCGUGUCAGCUCACACUUCAGUAGGGUACCGAUUCUCAGUCUGGCGUUGCCAUCAGUACGAGACGAAUGUCGGAAGAUAAAGGAUCUGUUCUAUAUGACAAUGCCACAGAAUGCACAGAUACUGGGGAUUGACCGGGUGGAGAAUGGUGAACUCUGGAUGAAUUUUGUUAGUAAGAAAGAAAAGAUGAAGCGUAAGAAGAACGACCCAAAUGAGAAACAGCUAUUUCAUGGCACGAAUGGACAGUAUGUGGAUGCUAUUUGUCGUCAGGGCUUCGACUUCCGUUUCUCUGGGAAGACAUCAGGUACCAAAUAUGGACGUGGUAGUUAUUUUGCUAAGUCUGCAGCCUAUGCCGAUCACUACAGUAAUGAAGGGGAGAUGUUUCUUGCUCGUGUUCUUGUUGGUCGGUAUACCCAUGGUCAAUCAUCCUUUGUUCGGCCACCGCCCGUCGACCCUAAGGAUCCCUUUGAGCUGUACGACUCCUGCGUGGACAGCGACUCAAAUCCAGGAAUUUUUGUCAUGUUUACUUUUGACCAAGUUUAUCCUGAGUAUGUUAUCAAAUACAAGAAGGGUGUGGUAUAAUGAAAGUGUGGGAGUAAUACCAUCAAAAAAUGCAAUUUAUCAAAUACAAGAAGGGCAUGAUGCCAGGAAAAGUUUGGGGGGGGGGGGGUAAUACCAUAAAAAAUGCAUGUAAUCAAAACAAUUUUUGAUGUGAAAAAAUGUGGAAAAUAUUUCCAUUACCUGGUAAUGCUAAACAGGCUUUGAUAAUGGGUUUCUUUGUACUAUAUAAGUUUUUAAAAAUAAAAUUUCAGUUUAUUUUAUCUUUUCAAUUAUUUCUUGGCCCCAUGCUUGCUAAAGAAUGUCAAGAUUUAGGAAGCUUUAAACUUUUUUUUGCUUUUUUAUACACAUUUAUCUUUUGUUAAUUCACUGUUCUGCAUGCACAAAUACAGAAUAUUCUUAGAAGUUUGAUCUUUGUAUUGAGUGCACUAUCACUAAUGUUUUUGACAGUUUUGAUUCCAGUUCACUUUGUUUUUAUUUUACUGCAGGUCUAGUUGGGGUAUCGUUUAAAACCUUUGUAUGACUAAAGUUUCUUGUUAUACCUAAUUUACCAUAGAAGUUUAGAAUUUAAGAUAUUUAACAAAAUUAUUUAUUUAAAAAAAAUACUAUACAUUUAUUCAUUGUUAUUUCUUUUCUGUGUAUUUAAUAUUUACCUGCUAUUAAUUUUAUUGAUAAACUGUCUAUGCCUGCACCCUGUAUAAGUUGAUCCAGCUACAUAAUUUGGUAUGAAUCAUGCUUGAUGCAAUUUUUUAGUAUCAAUUUAUGUUUUUCUAUUAGAAAAUCUAAUGCAAUGGAGAGUCAGAUGUAAUGAGGCAGAACCUAUCAAAUAUCAUAUAGAUUGGAUAUACAUGUACAUGAACUGUUUUUGUGCACAUUAAUUGAAUUAAGUUUGUAUUUCAGUGAUUAAGGGUUUUGUCCCUUGUAUUAGGUUCUGUUUGUGGAGAGAAGAUUGGUACAAUACUUCUUACACUCAGGACAUUCCUUUAGUAAUGCCUCAAAGUUGUGCUCUUGCACCUAUUUUUAUUUUAAUUUCUGAAACGUUUUGAAGUUAACUUUCCUACCAACAUUUACACAUUUUGAGUUUUUCUAUAGAUAUUUGAUUUUAAUCCAUUUCCAUAAAAGUUGGAGCAGUGACAUUUUUUUUACAACCUUUGAUGUAGAAUGGAAUGAUGUUGUUGAUGUACGCGUAGAUUGAAGUGAUUAAGGUGUAUGAUGUAGAUGGGAGUGGUUGAGGUCUAUAAUGUACACGUAGAUGGGAGUGGUUGAGGUCUAUGAUGUACAUGUAGAUGGGAGUGGUUGAGGUCUAUGAUGUAGAUGGGAGUGGUUGAGGUGUAUGAUGUAGAUGGGAGUGGUUGAGGUGUAUGAUGUACAUGUAGAUGGGAGUGGUUGAGGUCUAUGAUGUAUAUGUAGAUGGGAGUGGUUGAGGUCUCUGAUGUAUAUGUAGAUGGGAGUGGUUGAGGUCUAUGAUGUACUUGAGAUGGGAGUGGUUGAGGUAUAUGAUGUACAUGUAGAUGGGGGUGGUUGAGGUCUGUGAUGUACAUGUAGAUGGGAGUGGUUGAGGUCUGUGAUGUACAUGUAGAUGGGAGUGGUCGAGGUGUAUGAUGUACAUGAAUGCUGAUUGACAUAAAGAUCGGAGUGAGGUUGUUAAUGUACUUAUAAAUGGGAGUGGUUAAGACUGGAUGAUCAUUGAUGUGUGUGGUAUUUCUCUAUAAAUUGUAUAUAACUGAAUAGUUUAUGUUGUAGAUAGGUGUAUUAAAGGUGUACAGUAGAUGCAUUUGUUUGAGAUAAAGGUACACAGUAGUGUUUCUACAUAAAUAAGAAAAAUGCUUGAGAUCUGUAAAAGUAGAUCAAUAUGUUAAAAAUCUUUAUACUGUACAUAAAACUUUCCAUAUUAUAGAUAAUUGAUUCAUAGCUUUUCAUUAGAAGGUAUUGAAGAAUUUAACUGUAAUGUUUGAGUUUGAGGUCUAUAUUGUAUUACAAAUGUACAUGUAUGAUACAUUAUGUAUACGGUAUAUAAAUGUAUAAAGGAGUGUUUGAAAUAUAUGGAUGCUGUAGAACUACAGUGAUAAAUUUUGCCCUAUUUUACAGUUGAAAAAAGGAAGUAUCCUUAAAAAAUGAACAUUUUAAAAAAUAUGAAUCAGUAAUUUCCCAAUUGAAGCAGACAAGUUUUACUAUGUAAAUUUAAGAUGGAAAUAACACUGACAUUGCUUUAUUUUUUUUUGAAAACCUAUAAUACUGCACAUGUUAUAGAAAUGCUGGGUCUCUGCUGCAGAUAAAAGUAAUAGAAGUCUAUAGCACAUAUAGACAUGUUUGUAAUGCUGGUUUGCACUUCUAAAUGAAACCUGAAUAUAUGGAAAGGUAUAUAUAUGAACUAUGUGUAUAUAAUCAUUGAGUUUAUAACCUGAUGGGUAUAUAUCUAUUUGAGAGUUUAUACAUGUAGGUAUAUCUCUAGUUUGUAAUGUAUAAUACCUGGUCUGACGACCUUGACUUCGUUCAUUCUGACAGCUGAGGUUUUUCCAAAAACAAUGUUGAUACAAUUGGUCUUGAUGAGAGUGGUUCUUAAACUUUGAGUGAAUGGAUCUUUAACUGAAGUAAAUCGGUUAAUAUAGUAAAUCAUGGAAGUUAAAGGGUUAACAUACUUAAUCUGUGUAGUUAAUGGGUUAACAUAAUUAAUCUGUGUAGUUAAUGGGUUAACAUGAUUAAUUUUAAUAAUCGAGUUAACAGAUUAAAACCGGAUAAUUAAAAGGUUAGUUGAUAUAGUAAAUCCUGGGAGCUAACGGGUUAACACCUUAAUCUGUGUAGUUAAUGGGCUAGCCAUCAGUGACAGAUUAUCUUUCAUCAGUGACAGAUUAUCUUCCAUCAGUGACAGAUUAUCUUCCAUCGGUGACAGAUUAUCUUCCAUCGGUGACAGAUUAUCUUCCAUCAGUGACAGAUUAUCUUUCAUCAGUGACAGAUUAUCUUUCAAUAGUUACAUUAUCAUACUUCUUUGAUAGAUUUUCUUACAUCUUUUAGACAUUAUCUUACUUCUGAGACAGAUUAUCUUACAUCAAUGACAGAAUAUCAUACUCAUACUUCUUUGAUAUAUUUUCUUAUAUCUUUUAGACAUUAUCUUCCAUCAGUGACAGAUUAUCUUCCAUCAGUGACAGAUUAUCUUCCAUCAGUGACAGAUUAUCUUCCAUCAGUGACAGAUUAUCUUCCAUCUGUGACAGAUUAUCUUCCAUCAGUGACAGAUUAUCUUCCAUCAGUGACAGAUUAUCUUUCAAUAGUUACAUUAUCAUACUACUUUGAUAGAUUUUCUUACAUCUUUUAGACAUUAUCCUUCUUCUGAGACAGAUUAUCUUACAUCAAUGACAGAAUAUCAUACUCAUACUUCUUUGAUAGAUUUUCUUAUAUCUUUUAGACAUUAUCUUCCAUCAGUGACAGAUUAUCUUCCAUCAGUGACAGUGACAGAUUAUCUUCCAUCGGUGACAGAUUAUCUUCCAUCGGUGACAGAUUAUCUUCCAUCAGUGACAGAUUAUCUUUCAAUAGUUACAUUAUCAUACUACUUUGAUAGAUUUUCUUACAUCUUUUAGACAUUAUCCUACUUCUGAGACAGAUUAUCUUACAUCAAUGACAGAAUAUCAUACUCAUACUUCUUUGAUAGAUUUUCUUAUAUCUUUUAGACAUUAUCUUUCAUCAGUGACAGAUUAUCUUCCAUCGGUGACAGAUUAUCUUCCAUCAGUGACAGAUUAUCUUCCAUCAGUGACAGAUUAUCUUCUAUCAGUUACAUUAUCAUACAUACUUCUUUGAUAGAUUUUCUUACAUCUUUUAGACGUUAUCUUACUUUGACAGAUUAUCUUACAUCAGACAGAUUAUCUUACAUCAAUGACAAAUUAUAUUACAUCAUUAACAGAUUAUCUUACAUCAGACAGAUUAUCUUAUAUUAAAUUAAUCUUAUCUUGAAUCAAUGACAGACUAUCAUACUUCUUUGAAUGAAUUAAGUUUUUUCAUACAACAUGUUCUUGGAAAUCAAAAUUUUUAUAUUGAUAUUCAUAGUAAUUAUGUAUAUAUAUAUAGUUAUGUGAAUAUUGACUUCCUUGACCAUUUUAGCCAUUAAUGUAUUAAAUCACAAUUAUCCCUCAUGUGAAAAUAUAACGUAAAAUCAUAAUCAUUUUCAAUACCUAGAUAAAUUUCUUCAUCCAAAAAUACCUAAAGCUUCAUCCAAAAAUACCUAAAGGUAUUCAGUGAUCCCAAAUACUGGCACCAUCUCUGUAAUAACAUUCUGUAUAUGAUAUCACUGUAAGUUUGUGUCUGGUCUAGUUUUUGGGAUUAUUGAAAUGCCACCUAAAAUAAAAAAAAUAACAAUAGAAAAACAAUAAAAACAAAAAAUGAGAAGGAUUGGAUCCAGAAGGUCAAGUGGACAAUUUUCUAUGAACCCCAAUUAGAGUAUUUAGCAGCUGUCAAGGACAGUUGAUAGAUUUUCUUAUAAUGUAUUUUUAUGAUACUAAAAGUGAGCAUUGACCGCUUGACCGUUUGACCAAUGGAAAUGUAGGACAGUGGUUUGAUUUGUAGGUUAGCAGGCCAACAUCAGGUUAAUAUACAACACACUGGAACCUUUUGAAUCUCUACAUUUGGACUCUUUGAUAGUGAAUCAAGUUGUUUUGUUAUUCUGAGUCUGUAAGUGUUGAGUAUUACAGAAAACAAUAUCUACAUGGUAACAUAAAGGAUGUGUCCUACUCUAGCUAAUUGAUGUACCAGAUACAUGUACCAAUAAAUUAGUGUAUGUGUCAUGAAUGUAGCAUGUACCCUUGAUUUAAAAGCCUUAUUUAUGAGCAUAUAUACAUGUUUCUGACUCGUGUAACAUAUAUUCCAUAAUUAAGAAGAUAUUGUCUCAUUAAUGUGGCAUAUACCCUUAACUUAAAGGAUGUGUCUCACAAAUGUAGCACAUGUUGAUGUAAUAUAAACAUGUAUCCAGAGAGUAUGUGUCUUAAUGUUGAGUGUACAUACAUCCUUAAUUUAGUGGAUGAUGUCUCACAGAUGUAACAUAUCCCUAUCAAGGAUCAGAAAAAUGAAGCCAACUUCAUAUCAAACCACUGUGUGUAAUAGACCCCCAUCUCUGGGUCUGUAAAUAAGUGAGCCAGGCUUUUGGCUAUUCUUUGUUCAACAUAAAUGUUGAUACAAUUCAGUAUUUUUAACCACAGCAGAAAUGUGCUGGGAAUAUCAAAAUGAUGACAAUUUAGUUUAUUGGGUAGACUGUAUAAAAUUUCUAGGAUAUGAAUGUGACUAUAGUUCAGACUAUUCUCCUACUAAAGUUUUAUAACUGAUCCAAUAUCUUUGUGGAGUAAUACAUGCCAUAGUAUGUAAAAUGCACACUGGUCUAGUAUUGUAAUUGAAAGGAGGAGUAAAAACUAGUCCUGCUCAUGCUGGGCCUCGAAUGAGCGACCUUCAGCUCUCCUAGUUGUGGUGAACAUCCUACCACUAGCACUAAAGACAAAUUCCCUGUAGCCUGAGCUAGUAAGGUGACCUUAUAGUCUCAAACUUUACACAUAUAUUAUAAACUUGACAUCAUUUAUAGUAUGUGUGCUUUGACAAUACCAUAAACUGUUAAAUUGUAUAUAGCAUUGUGUUUAUAACCAUGUCCUAUGGCAGUAAUGAUAAUAUAUACAUUGUAGUCUAUAGUCGGGGAAUCCCACAUUGUAAUUACCUGUAUACACUGUGUUGUUACUAAUUACCUGUAUACACUGUGUUGUUACUAAUUACCUGUAUACACUGUGUUGUUACUAAUUACCUGUAUACACUGUGUUGUUACUAAUUACCUGUAUACACUGUGUUGUUACUAAUUACCUGUAUACACUGUGUUGUUGCUAAUUACCUGUAUACACUGUGUUGUAAUUAAUUACCUGUAUACACUGUUGUAAUUAAUUACCAGUUUACACUGUGUUGUAAUUAAUUACCAGUUUACACUGUGUUGUAAUUAAUUACCAGUAUACACUGGUAAUUAAUUACCUGUAUACACUGUUGUAAUUAAUUACCAGUUUACACUGUGUUAUAAUUAAUUACCAGUAUACACUGUUGUAAUUAAUUACCAGUUUACACUGUGUUGUAAUUAAUUACCAGUUUAUACUGUGUUGUAAUUAAUUACCAGUUUACACUGUGUUGUAAUUAAUUACCAGUUUACACUGUGUUGUAAUUAAUUACCAAGUUACACUGUGUUGUAAUUGAUUACCAGUAUACACUGUUGUAAUUGAUUACCUGUAUACACUGUUGUAAUUGAUAACCUGUAUACACUGUUGUAAUUAAUUACCAGUUUACACUGUUUUGUAAUUAAUUACCAGUUUACACUGUGUUGUAAUUAAUUACCUAUAUACACUGUUGUAAUUGAUAGCCUGUAUACACUGUUGUAAUUAAUAACCUGUAUACACUGUGUUGUAAUUAAUUACCAGGGUACACUAGUGUUGUAAUUAAUUACCUGUAUACACUGUCGUAAUUGAUUACCAGUAUACACUGUGUUGUAACUAAUUACCAGUUUUCACUGUUGUAAUUAAUUACCAGUUUACACUGUGUUUUCCCAUACUGGUAUUUGUACCAGUAAUCUGAUGCACUACCUGUAUAUACAUCUGUACCUGCCAUUGUAAGCAUGUUACUGUAUAUUUUGUUUAAUAUGAAGUGUGGUUGUACUUAGCUAGAUACCUAACACAUGAUUCUGUAUUGGUGAUACAAAGGGUUUUUAAUUUGAAAUCUUGGCAAGCAGUUUCAAUCAUAGAAUUUGUAUGUGCUUUAAUUUGAUACAGUUAAGAUAAUAAGAUUUAAUACAGUUAAGAUAAUAAGAUUUAAUACAGUUGAGAUAUUAAGAAUUUAAGGUAAGAGUUAGGAUAUAAAAAUUUUGUUUCAAUUUUAGAAAAUUUCCUAUCAAUAUUUUUGUGUAAAUGUCUUCUAGAAUUUUAAUUGAUUCUCUGAUAAUUCAAUUAUUAAUGCUGUUCAUCUUUUCUUUGUCCUGCGUUGUUCAGGAAUGCACAUGAGGUUGCAAUAUUAGUGAUAUUAAUCUGGUUUUUUUACUUUGAAGAUCAUUUACAAAACCUAUAUGCAAUUUAUAUAAAUGUUUGAUUUAGUUUUAUUAAUUGUAGUCAGACCAUAAUGACUAAUUAUAUAUAUAUGUCAACUGUUACAUGUAAUAUUCAUAUAGAGUGUUUUUAUUCCCUCAUUAAGAAACCUAUCUGUUAAUUGGUCAGGUGCAUGGAGUACAUAAUGUAUGCCCCGAGAUAUUAUAACAGUUUGUCUCACCUGUAGCUUACAUUUUAUUUUUGGUGAUCAUUUCUGUUUCCUUGCUCCAUACAGGAGUAUAAACUCGCUUGUAAUCGGAAAGGUAAUUAAUAGAAACAUGAUAGGUUAAUGUGGUCUAAUGUGGUCUGACAAAACAUUGUAUGUCAAAUUUUAUAUACAACUCGUAGCACAUUUCAAAGAUCUAUAUAAACUCUUUGGCCCACACUUGGGCCAAUUCAACCGGGUACUCUGUAUUUUGCAUUGGUCUUUUUAUUCUUGAGUGAUGAAUUGUUUAAAUUCUUUUUAGUAAAUAAAAAAAAUAUUUAAUUUAGAAAUAA